GCGGGGCGAGGCUGGUAGGUGGGUGAAGCCGGAAGAGGAAACCCAGUGAAUUUCCCACCAGGCGAGAUGAGUGGUUUAGGGAAGCUCUUUGGGAAAGGCAAGAAGGCCAAGGCCCCCACUCCGCAGGAGGCCAUUCAGAAACUGCACGAGACAGAAGCCAUCUUGGUCAAAAAGCAGGAAUUCCUGGAAGAGAAGAUCCAGCAGGAGCUGCAGUCGGCUAAGAAACAUGGCACGAAGAACAAAAGAGCGGCUCUGCAAGCCCUCAAGAGGAAGAAGCGCUACGAGCAACAGCUGACCCAGAUCGACGGGACCCUCUCCACCAUCGAAUUCCAGCGCGAGGCCCUGGAAAACGCCACCACCAACACGGAAGUGCUCAAGACCAUGUCGGACGCGGCUCGGGCCAUGAAAGAGGCGCACCAGCAUAUGGACAUCGACAAAGUGGACGACUUGAUGUCCGAAAUCACCGAACAGCAGGACAUCGCCCAGCAGAUCUCGGAUGCCAUAUCUAAGCCGGUCGGCUUCGGGGACGAUGUAGAUGAGGACGAGCUGCUGGCUGAACUGGAAGAGAUGGAACAAGAAGAUCUGGACAAGGAGCUUCUGAAUGUUGGGGAGGCCAGCCCGGAGCUCCCCAAUAUCCCCUCUUCUCGCCUCCCCAGCGUGCCAGCUUCCAAAGUGCCAUCGGCCUCCCUGGAUGAGGAAGACGAGGAAAUGAAACAGCUUGCCGCCUGGGUGUCGUGAUGCAUUGUGGGAAAUUCCUCCCCUUCCUCGCCUCCCUCGGUUUUUCUUCGAAGAAAUAGGCAGAGACGGAGAGGAGGACCAAUUUUCUCCCCUCCGGUUUCCAUGGCCAGGAAAGUCACGGGGAGGGGCGGUGGUGGGGGGGGGAGGAGGACGAAAAAAAGGGGAGGGCCAGAAGUCACACCCACACCCUGCCUAAAAAUGACCUUACGUGCCGAAUGUAAAGAGUUUUAUAGACAGAUUUAUAUAAAUAUAUCUAUAUAUCUAUAUAUCUAUAUCUACAAUAUAGAAAAGGAGCCUGUUUCCGGGAGGGAGGGGUGUCGUGGCUUAAAAGACCUCCCUCUCCGCCCCCCCAGAUGAAGACUGAAUCUUGAAAUCAUCUAGAGAUUAACUUUCUUUCUUUUUUUCAGUUCCCCCCCCCCCCAAAAAAAAAUACAGGAUUUUUGUCGGGCUCAGAAAGAGCGGACGGCGUGACACACGCAAACACAGCCCGAAAAAUGAAGUUUGGGGGGGAAAAAAACAAAUUCUUGAGCGUUUUUGACCCUCUGUUCUUGUCGUUUGCUGUCUGGCUAUCUGUCCGAUUUUGGGGCGUUGACUGUCGGUCCCUCUCUCCUUUUGGGGAAGUGGGUGUCCGCUUUGUCUGUUGCCAAACAUAUCAAUACACCCAACACAUACUCCGGUGGUGCAAAGGAUGCAGUCUAGGAUUCUCCUCCUCCCGCGUGUUGCAAAGGAAUUUUGGGGGGUGGGUGGUUUUUUUGGGGGGGAAGCAGGCCGGCGUUCCGCCUUGGAAGGCUGGAUGGAAGGAGGUGCGGGUGGGCAAGGGGAGUGGGGCGUCGGGGAAUAAGGGACGAAAAAAAAUCGUACUUUUGUUGGACUGGCGGUACUGUUUUGUCCUGGUUUAAUCGGUAGCGUGUAUCUUGUUGACACGGUUUUGGGGGGGGGGUGUUCGUUGGUUAACAGUUUGCUUCGACGUGCGCCUGGUGUUUUUUCUCUUUUUCUGUUUUUCUGCUCGGUCUGUCUUUUUCUCUUUUUUUUUAAUCGAAUUGUGGGCAGGAGUUGGGAUGGUGUGGGGGGGAAUGUGCCCCUUCCCCACUGACACGCGUGUACUCCUGCGGUGGCCUGUUGCUAUGUUGCUUUCUGUGCCCGGUGAAUAAAGUGCCCUGAAAUGUGUUGUCUGAA